UAGGACCUCGGAGAGCGCCAGGCACCGGGACCAGAGGGAUCCGAGAAGCGGCCGGAGCCGGGCUGGACCGUCGCCCGCCUGCGAGCCCGCAGCCUCCGCGCCCUCCGCCUCACGGGCUGGCCGGCGGCUAGCGGCGUCUGAGGAAGUGUUUAAAAUGAAGAAGUUUAAUUUCCGAAAAGUUUUGGACGGUUUAACUGCCUCUUCCCCUGGCAGUGGCAGCGGCAGUGGCAGUAACAGCAGCGGGGCUGGAAGUGGCUCGGUGCAUCCAGGAGGGACUGCAGGGCUUCUCAGAGAGGAGAUUCAGGAAAGCCUGACUUCAGACUAUUUCCAGAUUUGCAAGACAGUUCGGCAUGGUUUUCCUUAUCAGCCCACAGCACUGGCCUUUGAUCCAGUCCAGAAAAUCUUGGCUAUUGGAACAAGAACAGGUGCUAUACGAAUACUUGGGAGGCCUGGUGUUGACUGUCACUGCCAGCAUGAAAGUGGUGCAGCUGUCUUGCAGCUCCAGUUCCUGAUCAAUGAGGGCGCUUUGGUUAGUGCGAGUUCAGAUGACACACUUCAUCUGUGGAAUCUGAGACAGAAAAGGCCAGCCAUCCUUCAUUCUCUUAAGUUUAACAGAGAACGAAUUACUUACUGUCAUCUACCUUUCCAGAGUAAAUGGCUCUAUGUUGGAACAGAAAGAGGAAAUACACAUAUUGUAAAUAUUGAAUCUUUCAUUCUUUCUGGAUAUGUCAUCAUGUGGAACAAAGCAAUUGAACUAUCCACCAAGACUCAUCCAGGCCCAGUUGUUCAUUUAAGUGAUAGCCCAAGAGAUGAAGGGAAACUUUUGAUAGGUUAUGAAAAUGGUACUGUGGUAUUCUGGGACUUGAAAUCUAAAAGAGCAGAACUGAGAGUUUAUUAUGAUGAGGCUAUUCAUUCAAUUGAUUGGCAUCAUGAGGGCAAACAAUUCAUGUGCAGCCAUUCGGAUGGCAGCUUGACUUUAUGGAACCUGAAAAGCCCAAGUCGCCCUUUCCAAACCACAGUUCCACAUGGAAAAAGUCCAAGAGAAGGAAGAAAGUCUGAGCCUUGUAAACCGAUUCUUAAAGUAGAGUACAAAACUUGCAGGAACAGUGAACCAUUUAUAAUAUUCUCUGGUGGGCUGUCAUAUGACAAAGCUUGCAGAAGACCAAGUUUAACCAUCAUGCAUGGAAAAGCAAUUACAGUACUUGAAAUGGACCAUCCUAUUGUUGAAUUUCUAACUUUAUGUGAAACACCUUAUCCAAAUGAAUUUCAAGAACCCUAUGCUGUUGCUGUACUUCUAGAGAAAGAUCUCAUUGUAGUCGAUCUAACACAAACCAAUUUUCCAAUCUUUGAAAAUCCAUACCCAAUGGACAUUCAUGAGUCACCAGUUACAUGCACAGCAUAUUUUGCCGAUUGCCCUCCAGAUUUGAUUCUAGUACUCUAUUCUAUAGGAGUCAAGCAUAAAAAGCAAGGAUACAGUAAUAAGGAAUGGCCAGUCAGUGGAGGAGCUUGGAAUCUUGGAGCACAAACUUACCCAGAAAUUAUUAUUACUGGUCAUGCUGAUGGAUCAAUAAAAUUUUGGGAUGCCUCUGCAAUGACUCUGCAGAUGUUGUACAAGUUAAAAACUUCAAAAGUAUUUGAAAAGCAGAAGGUAGGAGAUGGCAAACAAGCGUGUGAAAUUGUAGAAGAAGAUCCAUUUGCUGUGCAGAUGGUUUAUUGGUGUCCAGAGAGCAGAAUAUUUUGUGUAUCAGGAGUCUCUGCAUAUGUCAUAAUUUAUAAAUUCAGCAGACAUGAAAUUACGACAGAAAUUGUGUCAUUAGAAGUACGACUUCAGUGUGAUGUUGAAGAUAUUAUCACCCCCGAGCCAGAAACAAGUCCUCCAUUUCCAGAUCUCUCCUCUCAACUCCCCUCUUCAAGGAGUCUUUCUGGAAGCACCAAUACUGUGUCUAGUGAAGGAGUGACAAAGGACAGCAUCCCGUGCCUCAGUGUUAAAACACGGCCAGUGCGGAUGCCGCCGGGCUAUCAAGCAGAUCUUGUUAUUCAGUUGGUGUGGGUCGAUGGUGAGCCUCCUCAGCAGAUUACCAGCCUUGCUGUAAGCUCCGCGUACGGAAUAGUUGCAUUUGGAAACUGCACUGGGUUGGUUGUGGUGGAUUUCAUACAGAAGACAGUACUAUUAAGUAUGGGAACCAUCGACCUCUAUAGAUCAAGUGACCUGUACCAGCGACAGCCCCGGUCUCCUCGAAAAAACAAGCAGUUCAUUGCAGACAACUUUUGCAUGCGUGGGCUGUCUAACUUUUAUCCUGAUUUAACGAAACGGAUCCGUACUUCCUAUCAGAGCUUAACAGAGCUGAACGAUAGUCCAGUUCCCCUGGAACUUGAGCGCUGCAAGUCUCCCACUUCAGGACUUGCCACCAGAACUCCUGAGGCAGCACCAGGCUUUUAUAGGAAUGAAAUGCCAGCUGGGAGACAGAGGAAUCAAGUACACCACUUGCCAGGUGAAGUCAAAGGAUCAAGAAAGUUAAGUCUGCCAACAGAUCUUAAGGCUGAUCUUGACCAUGUAAAUGGGCACUGCACAAGUCCAACCUCUCAGAGUUGCAGUUCUGGAAAACGUCUUUCCAGUGCUGAUGUUUCAAAAGUAAAUCGCUGGGGUCCUGGAAGACCACCAUUUAGAAAGGCACAGUCAGCUGCUUGCAUGGAGAUUUCUUUACCAGUUACAACUGAAGAAGCCAGAGAGAAUUCCUAUAACCGCUCUAGGAGCUCUAGCAUCUCCAGUAUUGACAAAGACUCUAAAGAAGCAGUUACAGCUUUAUACUUCAUGGAAUCCUUUGCGCGGAAGAACGACUCCACCGUUUCGCCUUGUCUGUUUGUUGGAACUAGUCUGGGAAUGGUAUUACUCAUCUCCCUGAACCUACCGUCAUCAGAUGAACAAAGGUGUACAGAGCCAGUGAUGGUAUUGCCAAGCGGUACACUCCUCUCACUGAAAGGAGCUGUGCUAACAUUUUCCUGCAUGGACAGAACUGGCAGCUUAAUGCAGCCUCCAUAUGAAGUAUGGAGGGAUCCGAACAACACAGACGAAAAUGAGAAAACGUGGAAGAGGAAACUGGUUAUGAACUACUCCAGUGCAUCCCAAGAAACAGGCGACCAUCAGUAUGCAAUAAUCUGCUCAGAGAAACAAGCCAAAGUCUUCUCACUGCCGUCUCAGACCUGCCUUUAUGUUCACAACAUCACAGAGGCCUCCUUCAUACUGCAAGCAGAGGUGGUGGUCAUGUGUAACAGUGCCUGCUUGGCCUGCUUUUGUGCAAACGGGCAUAUCAUGAUAAUGAGCUUACCUAGCCUUCGCCCAAUGUUGGAUGUAAAUUAUUUGCCACUGACAGACAUGAGGAUAGCACGGACAUUUUGUUUUACUAAUGAAGGCCAAGCGCUAUACCUUGUCUCUCCUACUGAAAUUCAACGGUUAACAUAUAGCCAAGAAAUGUGUGAUAAUAUUCAGGACAUGUUAGGCGAUUUGUUUACUCCCAUAGAGACACCAGAAGCUCAAAAUAGAGGCUUUCUCAAGGGGCUGUUUGGUGGAAGUGGGCAGACCUUUGACAGAGAGGAGCUCUUUGGGGAAGCUACAGCGGGAAAAGCAUCCCGCAGCCUUGCGCAGCACAUUCCCGGACCAGGUAGUAUAGAAGGGAUGAAAGGCGCGGCCGGAGGGGUAAUGGGAGAGCUGACCCGAGCCCGAAUUGCACUUGAUGAGAGAGGACAGAGGCUGGGUGAGCUGGAAGAGAAGACCGCAGGAAUGAUGACCAGUGCAGAAGCGUUCUCCAAGCAUGCACAUGAGUUAAUGCUGAAAUACAAGGAUAAGAAAUGGUACCAGUUCUAACCGUCAAAAGAAGUUGUGACUGCUUUGAGAAUCCAUUAUUCAGGGAAACCAAAUUUAUUCCCAGCAUCACUAUUCAACUGCUAGAAACCAGUUUCUUCUACAAAAUGUUCCAUUAUAGUCCAUCCGAAGUUAUCAUACGGAGGCGUAUCAAAGGCAAAGCCGCUGUGCACCUUAAAAGCUGGAACCCCGGUUAAAAAUCCCAAGAUAAUGGCGAAUUUGUCUUUUCCCCAUGUGGAAUGGAUGCUAUCAUCUUGGCAUGAAAUUUGCUAAGAAUUUGUGUUUGAAAACUAUUGGGGAGUCCUUUUGAUUUGAAAUUUCCUGUACAAACAAAAGCAUUAAUGCACUUAAUGAAAAAAAUCUUUGCAUGAUAAAUUAACAUCUUAAGAGGAAAAGAAACAAAAGCAUGUUAUAUCAGAAGAAAAAGGAUUUAUGGUAAACUACUCUUAUGAAUUGGGCCACACCCGACAAUUUAAAAUUCUGCAUUAGAAGAUAACCCUGCAUUUCAAGUAUACCUGCCAUACCCAUCCGAAAAGGAAUCCAAACAAACCCAGAGUUUUUCUCAUCUGAAACCUUCCUUAGUAUAUUAGGACACUGCGUUCUUCUCAGCGAGAAUCUGACUAGCAGUUUCCUCUCCCACAGCGUCUCACAUCAUCACAGCUCUCCUUAACCAAGGCUGGCCAGGAUAGCGAAGGACUCCCACUCUCACUCCUGUGUCUGUCACCUUCAGGAUGAGUUCCUGCUUUCAGUCAUCAACCGAGCAGGGUUGAUUCACCUCAAAGCAUUUUUUCAGCCUGGUUUAUAGUCUCCAGAGGAGUUGGCGAUAAGUUUGCAGAAACUAGACUAUAGGAAUAAUGCAGUUAGUUUUGAGAACUGAUUUCACAAAGAGUGGAAUUUCACAUACCCCAAUUUCAGUUUCCAAAGCGAUAUAUUUUUAAAGCACCAUUUGUAUCCUUAUCCGCCAGUUACACAGUAUAUUACUGUUCAAACCCAAUAGGGUCUACAAUCCCAAGGUGCUUAUGCAGCCUGACAUUCACAGACCAAACUGGUCCUUCUCGUCGAUGUGAUUCAGUAAAACCUCGGUUAGUGUUUUAGGAAAGAGAUUCUGAGUUAUUAGAUUUCUGAUUGAUAAGGGCUUUUAUUAGAAAAUUCUUUGGGGUUCAAUGCUUAUUAAAGGAACCUUUAUAAAACCUAGUGGUAUUUUAGCUAUGUUGGCCAUAGUCAUCAUUAUGAAUAACACAAACCCAUAGAUAAUUUAACUAAUUAGAUUCACAAAUUGCCACAGGAAUAUCUUAGUAAAUACCAAACACCUUCUUAAAAUCUCUCAAAAGUAAAGGUCAGCUCUAGCAUGAUAAAAUAAUCUGUUCCAACCCAGCAGAGGAGCGCUACACAGAAAAUAAUGGAGACUCCUACUCGCUCUAUUGAACAUGCGUGGAAGUCAGAACAUAGGACUCACCUGACAAUGUGUUGCUCCUUUUCAGAACCUUAAAUUAUGUGGCUGAUUUGUUUACUGGCUCUUGGUGGUUUGAGGCCUUGCUGGGUUACAUUGGUGUUUAAAACAUAACCAUUUCUUCCAACUUCAUAGACAAAAUUGCCAUUUUUAUUGGUUUUAUAUUUUUUGUUUUGAAGUGGUGCUUUCUUUAAAUUUUCCUUUGCAAUCUUGAAGAGAGCAGAGGUGGUUGAAGAGCUAGAAAAGACACUAGAGUAGCGGUUCUUAGAGUCCUUGAACUCUUUUCUUAAAAAACACCCUCCAUAAGUCUGCCUUCUGCUAUAGUAUUAGCAUAAGAGAAUUUGUCUUGGAAAUACAAACAAUACACACAUUUAUGCAGUAAAAAUAUUAAUGGAAUUUAAGGCCAGGACCUGGAAAACAUUGGCAGCCAAAAUGCAACACACAAUUUAUACUAUCUGUUUUAAGAACCCAAGUUUCUGAUUUUUCUGGAUACUUUAACAUUUCUACAUUAUAAAAUGAUCUAAAAGAAUAAAAUAUUUCUUUUGUUUUGAAAUAGUGAAAUUCAACCCAAUGUAGCAUUGAAUUCAAUGGCUAUCACAAACUUCCAGGAAUAUUUGACUUGCUUUAGCAAUACAGCUCAGGGUAGAGAUGCUUGCCUGCCAUGUUCAAACUCUGGGUUCAAUCCUCAACAACACACCCACACAAAUUCACUUGUUCUAUAGCAAGAGUUCUCGAUAGCAGCAUCAUUAGUGCAAGUUUUUGUCUAGCAUAUUAUGGGAUGUUAACGGUGCCCUUGACUUCUGCCCUCUAGAUGCCAUUAGAAACCUGCUAGUAAUAACAGUAAAAAGAAAAAAAAUGACAAAAUUGCUUCCAGUUGAGAGCUACUAUUUUACAUCAUUUAAAGAGAAAGACUGUGAAAUACAUAAUGUAUGUUUUUUACAGAAAAUAGCAUGCAACAAGAGCACAUUCUCUUAGCAAAAGAAUUCCCACCCAAAAUUAUAUGUGUGAUUCAUACAAUAGAGCUCAAUUUUGAAGAAUCAGUGAACUAACAAUUACAGACUACUGCAAAGCACACAGAGAAUAUAUCAAAAAGGGACAUCCACAGUAUUCGAUAGACAUGCUUAAAAUUCUGACUUCAACAAAUAAAUCAAAAUAUAAGUAGAGAUCAUUUGGAGUAGGUGCUUCUGCCAUGCUUAAAAAGAACACGUUCUCAUAAAUGUUUAAAGCUUAGAUGUGCUUACAAAAUUGUUUGCCAAACCCUUUCUUAAUAUAAGAGUAAUUUAUCCCUCAAAUCAAUGAUUAGCAGAAUCUAAAUUAAUGAGGUUUUACUGUAUCAAAAUUAUUUUUAUAAUUCAAAGAGAUAGCAAUAACAAUAAUUUAACCAUAGAUGUGAUUUUUCUCUUUCAACUUUUCUGUUGCAUUAACCUUCACACACACGCACAUGCACACACAUCACCACCACCACCACCACCACCACAAUUUUGCCAUCAUGGCUAUCCUAGGGAAAUGAGUAAUGUGAUACAUUUAAUCUUCUGCAUUUUCUCAUCUCUCUUCUGUCUUGGAUAGUAAGGAAAACUACCCCCAGAAACUUUAAUAGUGCUACAGAAGGUGGCCCUGAGUCUUGAUUACCAUCUAAUUACAUUGUGUCUACGAAGCAGCAUCUGAAGACAAGGCUUGCAAAGCACCAACAGAAGGCUUCAACAGAACAGCCCUUAGCGUUUCAGCAGAGAAUGGACCUUCCAUUCUAUUCACCAAUAAUGUAAUAGAAGACGUACGUGUUUCCCUGGUUCCCACAGUAACGUAAGCAAUGGUCCUGUUAUGAAACCAUCCACUUGUCCUGGAGUUUGGGUGGAGGGUGAUCUCACUUAUUUCAAUCCCCUGAAAAAGCUGUGUGUCUGACUUUGCUUCUAUACUUCCCUGAGUCCCAGACUUAGCACUCAGUCACCAUGGGGGCCAUUGUGUGUCGUAUAAGCGAAGCUUCAGUGACAAACUGAGACGAUGUCCAGCAACUCCAUCCUAGAAACAUUUCUCAAAUCUUUUGGAAUUGAUUCUCUAUAAAAUCUAGGUCUCUAACCUUAAAGUUUAAAGAGACCUUAAAAAAUGAGGUUCCCUUUUAUAUGACCCACCAAUACCAUUUUAAAGGUAUCAUUUACCCAUUAUUUGUGCCAGUUUGAAAAAACAAAAGGUAAGAUUAGGCCCGAGAUUGGUGGAAAACUAAGGUGGGUUCUUUGAGAUAGUUGGCUCUCAGGCAUUUGGAUAGAGUAAUAAGAUGAAGCUAGCUGGAAAGGAGAACUUCUAGGAUAUUCUUUGUCCUACAAAGCAUUCCCGAUCACACUGGUUCACAGAGGGCAGUGACAAAGAAAGCCAGCAUGUCAGAUACAGUCUUGCUCUCUGUGUGUUAGGAAAAACACCAGCUUCACAGCUUCUUCACCUCCUGUCACUCAGCCUCAUCUUAGGUGGUAGCAUUGUGUAUGCACACUAAUCAGUGCCUGAGAUAACUGUCACCAACGUAGGUUGAGCAUUGUCUCUCAUAUGAGAGAUUCUAGGAAGCAUGGCUGCUAAAUCGUUUAGUAUUCCUAUCUACAGACCACGUAGCCCUGGCUGUAAGAACUAAAUAAGGUCUCAUGUGGACACCGAGAAGAAGGUGCAGCGUGGCGGGGCCGGUGUCAGGAAGGCUAUGAGAGUCUGAGGGAAGUGCGGUUUUGAUUCAACCACAGCACAGGCAAAGGCCUAUGUUUGUAUCUUUUUUUGGCUUGUAUCUUUGGUUUGUAUUUAAGUAUAGCUUUGGCUGUACAUAACAAUCUCUUGAGAUUUUUCAAUUCCCAAUGAUUUAAAAAUGUCUUAGACUUGGAACAGAGCAUCAGUAUUUUUGAGAGCCCUAAAAGUGGGUCUAUGUCGAGCCAAAGUCGCUACGCGCUGCUCUAUGACCAACUAAGAAAGAUUCUUGCCUUUCUGGGCUGAUAUUUUAGCCCCUUCUAAGGGUUCAGGAAAGGCAGAAUGUAAGACACACAGCCUUGUCUUGAUUGGCAUUUAUUCUGUGCCUCUCACAGAACAAAAGUGAGUGCACAUUUCUAGCCAGGCAGCGCCACUAAUUCUUUGUAUCUCUAUAAUAUUCUCUGUGACUUGAUCUUUAAUUAAGUCAACAUUGUAAGUUUUGACUGUCUUUUACAUAAGAUACAAGAAAUAUCACCAUAAGUUCAGCACUACAUAAAGCUAAGUGAUAAAAUUCUCAAUAUCUGGACAAUGAAUAUUCUCAAAAUAAUCACAAACUACAUCAGCUCCAAGUUUAUUACGCACCCUUCUUCUGGAGCAGACAUGGUGAACGGCCCCUGCUCGGCCAUGGGAAUCUUACUGGACCUGAUCUCAGCAAACAGAGAGAAUUGUUUGUUGUCUCAACAGCCAGGGCCGCUUGGUUUAUUGGGAAUGUAAGUGAAGGGAAAGUCACCUUCUGAACACCAGAGCCCUGAAAAAGUGUUCACACCCCCAGAAAGGACUGGUCCAGCCAGGGGAAGGCAGCCAAUGGAAGGCAAGGACACACAGAAACUAUUCUGACUGCUCUCCCCUUGUGCUACUCCCCCUCCUGUCUUGGCCCACCCUUCUCAACUGCAAAGCCAGAAGAUACACUAGGUGGUGGUUUUGGAUAGUUGUACACAGGUUCAAAAUCUCUAACAACCUAUAAUUUUUAGUACUUAAUUAUGUGAUGUUUUAUUCUAGGAAAUAAGAGACAGACAACACCAUUGAUGUAUCUUUCUUUCAUCUUCAGAAUUUUUGCAUCUUUUCAAAAAAAUGACAAAUUACUAUUUUUCUGUUGCAUUCAGCAAUUGUGACUAUACCUAAAAUUCUUGUAGUCUGUAGAGAGAUCAAUAAAAUUGUAUAUGUUUGUACAUAGAUGCUCUCUUAUGUCAUGAUGUCAUAACUGUUAAUUUUUGCCAAGAUUAAAUGUAUAGAGGUAAAGCCCUCAUUUGCAAACUGUGAACUAUGGUUUUACCAAGGAUGAAUGUUUUUAAAAGACAUGGAGAGGAUGGGAGAACAUAUUUAUUUGAGCAAAAGAGGAAACAAAAUCCAAGUUCCUUAAAUGUAUAAAUUCUAUUAUAGUUAAUUGAUUGAAAGGGUUAGAAACAUCCAUUCAAAAUUUCUAUCAAAUUGGGGACAUGUUAAAAAUUUUAGUGAAAAUUUUCAUUUUAGCGAAAAUUUAAAGAUAACUUGCAAGGAUAUUGACUGAAUUGUACUUGUGAUGGAAUGAAAGUUGAAGGAAAUUUACUAAUAGUACCCAUAAGACACUGCUGUGGCCCAGGGCUUAGAGGCUCAUUAGGCCUUGACUUCCUUCUUUUUCAGCGCAAGCAGAAAAACAAAUUUGUUGUGAGUUUAUACUACCAUCUAGUGGUCACGGUCAGCAUUCUCAGAUGAAAGCGUCUGAGCCAUUUGGCUUUUGCCAGUUUAGUUAAUCCCCCCCUGGUGUUUUCUUUAGAUUUAUACCGGAGGCCUAAGCCAGCCAACCUUAUCCUUCCACCUUCUAAUUAUCUUAGGGAAAUCCAUCCUUCACCACAAGCUUUCUCCUACAGUUGGAUCUACAUAAAAUUGAAAAAAAUAACAGCUAGCCCUAGGCUAAAAAGUAAUUUUGAGUAAAAGGACAAAUAUCUAAUCUCAAUUUCAGAUUUUCCCCAGGAGGACCAGUUCAUCUCAUCUCUAAUACAGCGACUCAAGCCCACAGCCCUGCAUUCAACACUCUUUUGCCUCCUUCCCUCCUCCAUCUCUCCUUCCUUCAGUCACCCCUCCUCCCUGCAAUCCCUUCCUUUCGUGCCAUUCGCUCUAGUGGAAGGGGGACCACAGACUGGAGCAGGUGAGCAGCAGAGGGGCCUCACACACAGGCUGAUCACGCUGGAGCGGGGUGAGAGGACCAGUCACAUCACAGAAAAACGGAGUUGGGGUGAGGAGGUGGCAGGUGAGACUUAGUUGGACAGUGACCAUGGGGUUUGAGGUGGUCUUUGGAGCCAGGCAGAAGACAACCCCUUUGACUCAGCAGCGGGACUCAAUCAAGGAACUGAGCAUUUCAAUAAAUUCACUGAGGGGAUAGGAGCCAAGCUUCUCACUUAAUGGAAACUGAGGAAGGGUAUACAAUUAAAAGAGAAAACCAGAAGAGUUAUAAAGUUUAGUUUGUAUAGGUAACUGAAGUUCAUAAUUUUCAUAUUUCAGAGUAGGUAAAGGAGAGCAUUUUUACCACCAAGAACGGUAGCCGAGGGGUGAUCAGCACAGCCUGGUCUCGUCAUCCCAUAAUGCGUAAACGCACAAAACUAUCAAAGUAUUCCCUAUCAACAUGUAAUUACUAUUUCUCAAUUAAAAAUAAUAAAACUUCUUAAAGAAACGUAGGACGAACCUGGCCAUGUCAAUUAGAAUUGGAGUUACCAGUGUGCACUUCACGUUUGUGCAUAUCUAUAUAAUUGUAUCUAUAUAAGUACUUAUAUACAUAGAUACACAUAAGUGUGCAUAGAUACUGAGGUGUGUGCAUGUUGUCCAUAAUAGUUCCUAAUUCCGGACACUGAAAAGACUAGAAAGAUGCACAAGUAGUGCUGGAUUUUGAUUUCCAAAUUUUCUUCCCCUCUGAAUGAGCUGGAGAGUCUUGAUUUGAAGUCUGGUUUAUACUCUGUAUCAGAAAAUAAAGUAUUCAAAGAAAGAUGGCUACAAGUCAAAAAGUGUAAGAGACAGCUUGAAUGAGUGUACACAGGCCAAGUGAGGGAUACUUUAACCAUGAAACAAACAUAAUAAUUGAAUACAACAGGAACCCAUGGAUUCAUACUGAGAUAAAUGAAUAUGAAGGAGAGAAAGUUAUUCCCUACAAUAUCUUGCCGGCCAUUAAAUGUAAAUGGAGUUUGAAAAUUGCUGUUAGAUAAUUAUUAUUCUAAUAUGUUGGGAAAUAAAUAUCAGUCAGUGCUCAAACUAAUGGGGCCAAGGAGGAUGUCCGCAUAGGAUGAUUUACAUCAUCUCCCAGUGUCUUCAGAAAAUUGUCUAAUGUUUAAAAACUUACAUUCAAAAACAUGGCAGAUACCAUAUUUGCUAUGGAGGGAUCAGAGUUCUACCAGUAAUGGGACAAACCAGCACCAUGUACUGAAAAGAGCACAGCAGCCCUGCCAGAACACACAAGCCGGGGCUAGCCUUGUGGAAGCAUUAGAGAGAGAGAGAAGUGACAUUCUAGAAACAGUUGCCCCGUAAGAACAAUCCGAUGUGAUGAAAGACAAGAAAAGACGAAUGUUUCAGAUCUAGGAGGUCAGAAACCAUGACAACUGCAUGCAAUCCAUGAUCUGAGACAUCUUACCCUAAAUGUCAUGACAUAAAUGGAGCAAUUAUCAAAACUCGAGUGUGGUUUUCCCACUUGACUACAAUUCUUUGUACCAUUCUUGAAACUUUUAUUUAGAUUUGAGCUUAUUUCAAAAUAAAAUUAUAGAAAUAAAAAUAUUUUCAAUUUUGUUGUA